GAUCCACGCUGGAGUGGAAGUGCCUGGGAGAGAAAGAGGGAGAGAGAUCAGGUUACAGAAAGGAACCGGGAGAGACAGAGAGAAAGGGGCUUGGCCAGUGAGAGGGGAGGUGGGCGGAGGGUCCCUUUCUCUCUCUCCCUCUGUCUGUUUCUCUCUCUCUCUGCCUUUUUCCCCCUCCUCUUUCUCUCUCUCUCUCUCUCCCAAGCUCUUUGUUCCCCCCCCCAACUCCCCUCCUCUCUCUCACACUCCCCCCCCCCGCCACCACCACCACCACCACACACACACACACACACACACACCCUCCCCAACCCACCACCACCACCCAACCCCCCUCUCAAGUCUUUGUUAGCCAUGCCUAGCCUGGUAGUAUCAGGGAUAAUGGAAAGGAACGGGGGUUUCGGCGAGCUAGGCUGCUUCGCGGGGAGCAGCAAGGACAGGGCGCUGCUGGAGGAUGACCGAGCUUUGCAGCUCGCCCUGGAUCAGCUGUGCCUGCUCGGGCUGGGGGAGCCGUCCUCCUCCUCCUCCUCCGCCGCCGUGGUGGUGGGAGCGGAGGACAGCAACAACAACAACAAUAACCCGCCGCCGCCGCCGCCCCAGCAGCCGCCCCAGCCCCAGCCGCCCCAGCCGCCGCCGCAGCAGCCGCCGCCCCCGCCGGCCCCGAAGGGCUCCGCGACCAUUUCGUCCUCCGCUUCCACCGCCGAGACCAAGUUGUGCGCCUUGUACAAGGAGUCGGAGCUGCGACUGAAGAGCAGCUCCAACACCACGGAGUGCGUCCCCGUGCCCAGCUCGGAGCACGUGGCGGAGAUAGUGGGCAGGCAAGGCUGCAAGAUCAAAGCUCUGAGGGCAAAGACCAACACCUACAUCAAGACCCCGGUGCGCGGUGAGGAGCCGGUCUUCAUGGUGACGGGGCGGCGGGAGGACGUUGCCAUGGCUAGGCGGGAGAUCAUCUCAGCAGCUGAGCACUUCUCCAUGAUCCGGGCCUCCCGCAACAAGGCCGGCACCACCUUUGGCAGCGCCCCUACCCUGCCUGGCCAAGUCACCAUCCGGGUCCGUGUACCCUAUCGUGUGGUGGGCUUGGUAGUGGGUCCCAAAGGGGCCACCAUCAAGCGGAUCCAGCAGCAAACCAAUACCUACAUCAUCACACCCAGCCGGGACCGGGACCCCGUCUUCGAGAUCACAGGGGCACCGGGCAACGUGGAGCGGGCCCGGGAGGAGAUCGAGACCCACAUUGCAGUGAGGACAGGCAAGAUCCUGGAAUACAACAAUGAGAAUGACUUCCUGUCAAGCAGCCCUGACUCGGGCAUGGAGAACCGCUACUCAGAGGCGUGGCGGGUCCACACACCUGCUCCAGGCUGCAAGCCCCUCUCCACCUUCCGACAGAACAGCCUUGGGUGCAUUGGUGACUGCUCUGUGGACCCGGUCUACGAGACACCCCGACUGAACGACCAAAAUGACUUCAAUUAUGGUUACCUCUUUCCUAACUAUGGUGUGAACAAACAAGAUCUCUAUUAUGGGGUGCCAGAAUCUGGUGCCCCCAUGUGGGCCGGGCAGGAAAACACCAACCCCGUCUCAGUGCUCUUCUCUAAGCAGCAGCGAUCCGGCAGCACUGGUGCCGUCCAUCCUAACUCGCAUCGCUCCCCGUCCUCUUCUAUCCAAGAGCCUAACCUCUCUGGGCUCCCCAGAAGGUCUCAAGGGGAACCACUGCAAGGAUUUUCCAAGCUGGGAGCCAACACCACUGCCCGGACAUCCAUCUCCAGCAGUCGGGAGUGCAUGGUGUGCUUUGAAAGCGAAGUGACGGCAGCCCUGGUGCCGUGCGGCCAUAACCUCUUCUGCAUGGAGUGCGCUGUGCGGAUCUGCGAGAGGACCGACCCGGAGUGCCCGGUUUGCCAUGCUGCAGCCACUCAGGCUAUUAGAAUAUUUUCUUAAAGAGACAGGACGGGGUUGGGGGGGGAAGUGGGGACCGAAAUGGGGAGGGGGUGGGAGUCCAAUAAAAAGAUGAUGAUGAUAAUAAUAAUUAAUGACAUCUGAAGACUAAACGAAUGAAUGAAAGAAUAAAAUAAUUAAUUUAAAGAAGAAGAAGAAAAAAGAAAUUAUUUUACGAGCAAUGUACAUUAUUUUUUAAAAAAAGAAGUGAAUAAUAAUAAAUUAAAAUGAAUAGAAAAGCCAGAAAUUUUGAAGGGCAAACGAUGCUCCAGCCUACGAUGUCUUUUUAAAACAAGUACUCUGAACGCACACUUGGAUCUCGGAAGCAAAGCGGUUUAGUUAAUUUUUUUUUUUGUGGCGAGACAGGACUCAGAGCUCCUCUGCAUUGACCACACUUGGUCAUCUUUAUUUGACCAGGACACUGGGGGCACAUGGGAAAUGAGGGGCUUCCCCAACAGCUCUUCCUUCCCCACCGACACUCCCUCUUUUAACUUGGUCUGAAGCUGCCCCCCCCGGGACAUCAAACCAACCGGCAGACAAGAGCUCAGAAAGAAAAGAAAACAGAUGGCAAAGGGGGAAAAAAGAGAGAAAAAAAAACCAUCAACCUCUGGGAACCUGUUAGAACGAGGGCACAACUCUAUUACCUCAAAGAUUUUAAAAAAUACAAACAAAAAAAAAACCACAAAACAGCAGCUAAAGAACUUUUAUUGUUUUCCUUUUUUUUCUAAAAAAAGAACAUUGAAAAAACAAAUAAAAAUGACGCCGGUGAAACUGAAGAAGGUUUGGAAGAACCUGUAGGAGUCACACUGGGUGCUUAGCAUUUAUUUUAUUAUUCUGAGCCACCACGGAGUUUGGAACUCUGUUUUGUUUUUUUUGUUUUUUUAAUUCCAAACAGGGAUUUGUUCAUCAGAUGAAUCAGGAGUCACUAACAGGGUAUUUCAAAACCAGUCUUGAGUUCCCAUCCAAGGGCAAAGAUUGACUUCCAUGUUUCCAUAGUUCAUCUUCUUUGCUUUUUCCAAGUGAUACCAGCUGCAGCUCUCCACAUACACACACAGAGCAUUGUUCUUUUCUUAAAGUACACACACACGCUAACAUUCUUUUCUUUUCUUAAAAAAAGUAUACCGCACCAAAACCUAAGAAAGACGAUCAUGCAAUACAAGCAAUGAGCCCAUUUGAAACCAACAUGCAUCCCGACAGAAAGCAAAAAAACGAGUUUAUAUGUAUAAUUUUGUCGUCGUCGUUUUUAAACUGGACCAAAACUUUUGUUACCCAAAACCAAGUGGAAAAUUUAAAAAAAAAAAAGGAAGAAGAAAAUAUUUCUUUAUGGACCAAAACCUCUUCAACUGUCCUUAAUCUGGAUCUUCCGGAGGUUGCCACUUUUAUAUAUUAUAUUUUUUUCAGAACAAAACAAAAAAAUAAAUAAAUGAAUUGCCUUGUUGAACAUCCUUUUAAUCAUUUGAAGACUCCUGGUUUUGUUAAAUCAGAUACUUUUUAAACUGUUGGGAAGUGGGAGAGACAGGCUUCAAAUCUGGCCUCGACGCCAAUCACAAUCCAGCAUCUUAACGUGAUCAGGUUUGUUCAACCGGUACCUGGAUGCCAAAUUGCCAUGGUGGCAAAGUUACGUGUGUUGGAUUAACCUACCAAGUACCAAUAUAUAUAUAUAUAUAUAUAUUUCCCCCCACCCCACUCUUUUCCUACCCCCAAAUUACUUCUACUCACGAAUCCUGGACCCUGAUUUAGAACUGUGGACCAACGAGCUUAGCAACUUGGGAGAGACAGUUCUACAGCCAAAAAGUAAAUAAAUAAAAAUAGCCAGAGAUGUUCCUUGAGUUACAGGAGACUUUAAUUUCAUCGUAAUGUGCUUCCUGGGACUAUCCCCUCUUCCUCUUGAUUCUUUGCCACUCAACCCCAACUGAGCCCCUCUACAAUUCAUUCAAGACAUCCUUCGGUCACAUACAGGGGGUGGAUUGCUGAUACUGAGGCAGGCCUCUGUUUGGACUUUAGCCUCGGAAAAGGUCCAUGUAUGAUCUUCAGAUGUUAGGUGGAGGGGCGUGAGAUUUUGUACUUAUAACACUUUGCAUUGAUGGUGGAUUGUUAUACAGGGCAGGGGAUAGACAGCGGUAGGAGGUUGCGCUCCUAGGUUCUGCAGCGGAUGCUGAUAGAAAAUGUUGUACUAAAGGGGACGCUGUCAUGUCAAAGUUAUCUGACCCCUCUUCUUCCCCACACAGCUUUAACAAACCUUAAAGCAGCCUAAUUCUCCAUUGCCCUGCACCUUCUGCAGUCAUUUAUACCGCUGCAAAGAAGGUGUCAAACUGCUACCAAAUCACAGCCAUAGCAUUUUAGACCCACUUGCUUGUGUUGUCAUUUAUGCCAGUGCUGCAGGACAAUGGCGAAUUGGGCCUGUUGCCUUCCAUAGGAGCAAGAGGCUAGGUACCACUCAAAUCUUGAAGGCUUAAGUGGUGCAUGGGAUUCGGGCUGUUCCCAAUGUGCAGGAGUGAGAUACCCUCCCAGCCGCUUCAAUGGAAACACGGCCUCAGUGAAAACUUGAGGAUCUGUCCUGUUCUGACCACGUCCUUUUCAGAAAGGGUCCAAUAAUUAUUUGAAAUCUGUUUGUUUCGAUCCCAAUAGAAGAGAAGGAAAGGUAAAAAAUAAGUUUUCUUUUUGGGGAGUAACUCCCACAAUUCUGUUCCUCUUUGUGCAUACCUUUCCUACUGAUGUCAGGAGAGUGGUUGGGGGAAAAAGUGGGUUGGAAAUCAGACCACCCUUCCAAAGGCGCAUUCAGAAAUAUCUGUGUUGGUAACGGAUGGGAUUACAACACAACAGCCGGUGCUUCCCUGGCUGAGUCCCAUGGGGCCAAUAUCUUAGUUGAGUGACUAGUCAUGAUUGGCUAAGUGAAGUCUGUUCGUGGUAAUGUGAGCGAGUUUUUGAUCAAUGUUUUUCUUUGAUGCCAGGUUGUGAAGAGGUUUGGGUGGGAUGGGGUGGGGUGGGAUGGGAUGGAGUCGGGUGGGAAGAUACCCAGACUGGGGACCUGGUGUGGACUGGGGCCGUAUUCUAGCACUGACCCUAGGGAGUGGUGGGGAGGAAGGUAUGGGAGCUUAGAAUCUCUCCCUUCCCUUCAUGAAAUAAAGUGACGUAAAAGCCUCCUGCAUGCUGAAAAUGUUAGAAAAACCUUUCUAAAGGGGGAAAAAAAAAAAAAAAAAACCCUAACCCAAACAAUUAUCCAAGCUUGUUGAUCGGAACCAGGAGGGGAAGCCCUCCGUAUGGCCGGUAGGCAGCCUGUCCAUAUCUCCAUGGACUGGGCUUUCCCACUCCAGCUUCCAAGUCGGCCUUUAAUGAAAUGUUUAGUUCCAAUAACCUUUUUAUAUAUAUAUAUUUAUAUAUAUAUAUAUAUAUAUAUAUACACACACACACAUAUACAUAUAUAUUAAAAGAAAGCUUGAUGUAGCAGUUCUAGUUUAUACUGAGUAGCAGUAUUGCGACCUGUUUUAUUUUGUUCUCCCUUCCUUACCCCUCUUCUCCCUCCCCAUAUUUUGAUGUAGCAACUUCAGAAGAAAGAACAGCAGGCUGCAGGUGCACCAAGAGCUACCUCUAGUCUGAGAGGGGGCUGUACUUUCGGGGGCAGCGGGGUACAGGGGGCCUAAAUCCUCUUGAACUCCUGUAGGGGGCAUUCAACUGAUGGAAUGCCCCAGGCCCCGCCUCUUAGCAGCUCGCCAGGACCCCAGCGUGUGGCUGAGCAUAAAUUUGCAUAACUCUUUAUUUUCUUUUUAAAUAUAUGUAUAUAUAUAAAAAAAUCUUUAAAAAAAAAAAAACCCACAAAAAAAUAAAAAAAAAUCAACAACACAAAAAAUGCCCAUGACCUUAACUAUUUGCUCUGACUUAUACCUUCCUGGACAGGUGACUAGAAAUGGCUUGUUGGUCCAAUUCACCAGCAAUAAGGAUGAAAGAAAGAAAUGCCCCCACUCCAGUCUAAUGUGUCUGUACUGGGUUUUAUUUGCUAACCUACACGCAGUGUAAAUCUGUAUGGCUGUAUUUGCUGUGUGGGGUAAGGUACUGGGUGACCCAUCUUGCAAUUGUUGCACCCGUGCAAAUGUCUUUAGUUUGGACAAAUCCUUAGUGUCUCCACCUUGCAGUCAUGGGAGAGGGGACAUAUUUCAGGACUCCAUGAGGCACUAUUUGGGGUGCGAAAUUUAUGGGGAUCAACCUUCCCCUUUGGCUCCCCUAAAACAUCUCCGGUGGAAAGAGGGCAAUGUUGGACUGAAAUGCAACCCAGCAAAUGUGACCAGUAUCAGGUCUCAUUUGAGUUGUUCCACCCUCUCCCCACCUCAGGGUUUAAGAACAAACAAUGCUCAGUGGGAGCUGGAUCAGCCCCCAGUCCUGCAAACACUUACACCUCGCUAUCAUGAAUCAUCCCGUUGAAAUCAAUAAGGCUUCUGGUAAUAGUAAAGUUACGUGUGUGCCUAAGUAUUUGCAGGAUUGGGGCCUUAGAGGAUAGGUCUCUGCUAAUGCUGCUGCUGCCACUCUACCUCUCGGCACUGCUGGACAGGCUAGAGGAGGGUUGUAACUUCAGCAUCGGGCGAUACUAAAGUCCAGUGGGCUCCUGGGAGAAAUGGAGCAGGUGGGGGCUUGACCAUAUAUAACAGCAGUGACCAUAUAUAACACCUCAGCAAUUGCAUGAGGGGCUUGAUCCUGUCAAGGUGCACAGCGGUGUAGGCACAUGUUUAAGUGCUUUGUGGGACCGCAGCCAGACUGCACAGCAGAGGGCAGGACGGAGCCCUCGUUGUGUGUUGGGGGCCAAGCCUGCGAGUCAGUAGGAGGUGAAAUGGCUCGGAUAGCAUGCUGAUGGGCACUCUUCCAAAGAACUAGAUCGGUUAGAUGCAUAGGUGGAUGAGGAAAAAGGGACAUCUCUGGUACGUUGACCUGGGACCUGAUUUAUGCAAAUAGUUCUUAACUCGUACUGGUAGUGACGUUAACGUAAUUUGGGACUGAAGAGUGCUGAGCCCUUUCUCUGGAGGCUCUCAGGACCUGGCAGGAUUGGGCCCUUAGGAGUCUGAGUGGGUAGAGAAAACAGAGACAUAUCUGGUAUCCAAUUCAGCAGAGCCUUGGGAUUUAAGCACAUGCUUUGUUGAAUAGGAAUGGAUUUAAUCCUGUGCUUAAAGAUAAGCACACGCUUAAGUGCUUUGCUGAACUGGGGCCUAAUCCUGCAAUCUUUACUCACUUAGACAACUAGUUCUGAUGGGCGAGUAAAGAUUUUUCAGGACUGGGGGGAGAUCCCUUAGUGUUAUAUAUGGUACUGCAAGCUUUUGGGACAAAGCACCCCUUGAUGGUGGACUGUGACACUAAAGAAGAUGGGGGCUGUGACAGGAUGUUCAGAGGAGGGGUUAAUUAAUUAAUAACAUCUGCUUUGCCUGUGAAAGGAGACACAAAUAUGCUAUGUCUUUGGCCAUUAUUUUAGAGGUAUCGGGGAGGGGUUGCGGGGGUGGGGAGGGAUGACUUGGGGAGGAGGGAUGAUAAAUGUAACAAAGGGGCAGGGAGGGAUAUAAAAUAUACUGUGAUAUCCUCAUCAUCAUAAAUUAUAUAGAGAAUAGUAUGUAUUAUAAUACAUAAAAUUAAAAAAAGAACCAAAAUUGGAUUUAUAUUUAAUGAGGAGAUACUAUAAGAAUAUCUUGUCCUAGCUCCCAUUUGCAAAUGUAUUUUUCAGCUGGAGGGAUAUCUAUUCUUUUUUCUCUUUUCUUUCUUUCUUUUUUUUUUUUUAAAUCUUCAUACAUGCAAAGGCUAAGACUGUUAACAUUCAGAACCUCUUAAAUCAAAAAUAUUCAACUUGCUUAUUUGGUGUUUGACUUUUUAUUUGGGUUCUUUUCCAGGUGUUUUUUAAAAAUAAAAAAGAGAGAGAGAGGAGGAAAAAAUAAGAUUUAAAAAUUAGAACAUUUCUUUAUAAUUUAAUAUUCUAUUUUAAUAAAUGCAUUUAUUACAUGUAAAUGUAGCAAGGAACUGGGCUAAUAAAAAUACUUUUUAUUAGGUAAUUUAUUAUAAGAAAAAAAAGGAUAUUUUAUUUUAUGAUAAAGUGAUCCUUAAAAAGUUUAGAAGGGUUAGACUAUAUGUAGGUUAAAAAAAAUACAUUUGUAUCCAGAGUAUUGCUUAAAAAGUGUUUUUAAUAUAUGUUUCUUUUUUUGUGUGUGCGUGUGUGUAUGUAAAAGUUGAUAGUUACAGUGCAAAUGGCCCUUCCCAGAAAUAAAAGUUACACACAGUUGUAUGUAUUUUAAAAAAAUUAAAAAUUAGAGAAGAGGAAAACCACUAUGAAUUCAAAAUCUUGCUGCCAUUUAAAACCCCAGUCCUCCCAACAGCCCCUCAUAUGUGUCACUUCACAUAUGGGAGUAGUCCUGUUGCCUGGGGGAGUAAAGUUAUCAGCAGGCAUGAAUCUGCAAGAUUGGGCCCUGAGUCAUUGCAGGAUCGGGCCACAGCCUUUGCUAAAUCAGUGACAUGUUUCACUAUGGCUUCAGUCCAGGAACCCAUCCCUGUAUGGGAAAGCACUUGAGCAUAUGCUUAAUUACCAGUAGAGUCGAGGGUUAAUCAUGUGCUUGAGCAUUUUCCUGUCUGGUGCAAUCAUGCUGUCAUUUCAAGCCCUGAUUCAGUGAAGCACUUAAACACGUUCUUAAGUCCCUUUGACUUGAGCAGGACUUAAAGUUAAGCAUGCACUUAAGGACCUGAUCCAAAGCCCAUUGCGUGAAUUCCUGGCCUCACUGAAGUUCUGCCUUUGACUUCAGCAAGGCCAGGUUUUCACCCCUUGACCCUAAGGUGCUUUGGGUCAAGCCCUUUGGUGUGGAUCAGAAGCUUGAUCCUGAGGACUGUAGGGAGCGGGAUUAUUGAUCCGCCACAAGGGCCCAACCUUGCAGACGCUAUCAGGCGCCUGUUGUCAUGAGUGGUUCCACUGUACCCAGUAGCUUUUACAGGAUGAGGGCCUUAAUGCAGCCUUCUUAGGGUAUAGUAAGUGAUACGACCAAGCCAGAAGGAUGGGGAAGAGGGUACACAAAAUAGAACCCAUCUUUUUAAUAUGGAUUUCUGGCUACCCUGACCUUGCCCUCUUUUGACCUCCUACAAACUAGAGCAGUAACAGCACCUGGUGCAAAAAACCAUAAAGAUAAUGCAUCCUCUUUAAGAAAAUUGUGGGCUUUUGAAUGGGAUGGUGGGCAUGUUCAUUCCCCUGCACCCUUUUAGCCAUUAAGGUCCCGAUCCAGCAAAGCGUAUGUUUAAAUCCAUCCCUGUUCAGGAAAGCACUUAAGUGCUUUGCAUGAUCUUGGCUCAAGGACCUGACUUGCAGAAGUGCUGAGCACCCUUGACCCCAGUACAAGUCAGCGGGAGCUGUGUUUACUUGCGUCAGCUCUGAAAAUCCAACCUUAAUGGUAUUCACCCUUUUCAAGGCAUCAGAAAGGUGGUAGUGGGGUGUUUCUAAUCUGUUGCCUUCUAAAGAAGCAUUUUAAAAUAAGAAUUGUUUGUUUUUAACCAAAAAGAGGGGGGGGGAGUUUGAGUUGAUGGGUAUAAAAAUAUUAAAAUAAUAAUAAUAAUAAACAUUGAAAUUUAUUUCAUAUAAUCCUAUAGAAAAGAUUAAAAAAUAAAUAAACUUAACUAGUUCAUAUAGUAGAUGCUAUCCAUAUUGUUUUAUCUAUAGGAGAGGUGAUGAUCCCAGACAGAACAGAAUGUAAACUAAACUUGUAAACAAGGUCAGUUGUUCCUGUUUUAAUUUCCCCACAGGUUCCAUCCAUUUUUGCUCAGUGCUAUUUCCUGAAACUUAAAAAAAAAAUUUCAAACCUCCACCUGGUACCUUCUGUCAAUCAAAGUCCUGAAGUUAUUUUUAUAGAGGGGGAAAAGUGGGAUCUGAUAAUACGUAUUUUUUUAGGAAAGAUCAGUUUGGGGUUUUAUGUUCCUUUCUUUAAUGUAUAAAAAUUGGCUAUCCACUGAACACACAAAACUGGCAAGUAAGGCCCUUGUUUUUGCCUUAUUCUGAACUCCAACCUUGGGCUAGCAUGGGUGGAAGUGGAGAUUUCAGAGAAAGAAGGGUUAAAAGUAAAUAUCUCGCAGUUGUUAUGUUUCUUGUACUAUUACUUUGGUUUUUUAAAACUUCUCAAAAGCACUAAUGCUUUUGGAAGGUCCCUGAAGCAGGCUGGUGGAGACAAGUUACAUUGUACAUAGGCAGAGAGGCAAAGGAAAGUGAAAUCCCUUCUGUAAAGGUAAAGAAACGUGCUGUAAAAGGAUGGUGCUUUUUAACCUCUUUCUUCUUCCAAGUGUCUUGAGGUCAGAGGAGUGCGUCCACUGCCUCAUGGGUCAUGCAGUGUUGGGGCCUGCGUUUCAUUUGCACCUAAGGCCGGUGUCUUCAAGUGACUGGUGUGAAUGAGAAUCAGGCCCUAUGACACUGUUCUGCCAUAGGUAUGGCUUCUAGGUGUGGGAUUCGUCUAGGGUCCUGUGUGAUGCACCGGUUGGACUCACACACUGUGCAACUCUCGGAGCAAAAACUGAUGGCAAGUUUCUCUUGGAAAUUCUAAGUCCAGCCUGUUAAUAUUCUGCACCCUGACCAUCUGAGCCACACAGGGAGAGCAUCAGGCCAUUAAGCCCAGAGAUGAAAUACCCCUCUGGAUGAGGUUAGCCUCCAAAGUGUCAAGU